UGCGAUAGCGAAGCAGAGGCCUUCCAAAACCCACGGCAAACGCCUACUACCUCAUCCUCUUCCCUCCUCCGUCGCCAUGGCCGUCUCCACCUCCACUACCUCCCCGCUCCCGCUCCUCUUGCUCCACCGCGGCGCCGCAAACCCGAGCCCCGCGUCUCUAUCCUUCCCCUCCUCUCUCCGCGCGUCGUCCCUCCGCUCCCGCGCCGCCGCCGCUCCGCCCGCAGAGACCCUCUCCGACGACGGCAUCCCCGCGCCACCGGAAGGGGAGGGAACUGGAAUUCCGUUGCCAUCGUCGAUUGGGGAUGAUGGAGAGCAGUUGUUGUAUGGAACUGCUGGAAAAGAAAUUGUUAUGAGGCCUUGUGCACAGUUGUCCUCUUUUAGUGAUUCUUUAGAUGUGUCACAAGAGAAAAUAGUGAUAAGAAACAGACACGGAGAGAAACUUUUUGGUGUUUUGCAUGAAGCUGGAUCUAAGGACAUUGUAGUGUUGUGCCAUGGCUUUAGGUCAUCAAAGGAAGGUAGAACUAUAUUGAGUCUCGCUAAUGCAUUGACAUCAGAAAAGAUCAGCAUAUUUCGUUUUGAUUUUUCUGGCAAUGGAGAAAGUGAAGGUACUUUUGAAUAUGGCAACUACUAUAAAGAAGUGGACGAUUUACAUGACGUGAUCCUACAUUUCAAAAAACACAAACGUGACACCUGUGCUAUUGCUGGCCACAGUAAGGGAGGAAAUGUGGUUAUCCUCUAUGCAUCCAUGUAUCAUGAUAUACCUAAAGUGAUUAACUUGUCUGGAAGGUUUAAUCUGGAACGUGGAAUUGGAGAUCGUUUUGGAAAUGGUUACAUGGAAAGGAUUAAUGAGCAUGGUUUCAUUGACGUGGAAGACAAAGCAGGACGAAUCAUCUACCGUGUGACCAAAGAAAGUCUGAUGGACCGUCUUAAGACAGAUAUGCAGAGUGCAUGCACGUCUAUUGACCCAAAAUGCAGGGUGGUGACAGUACAUGGCGCUGAGGACGAUGUUGUGCCAUCGGAGGAUGCCCUAGAGUUUGAUAAGCAUAUAAGUAACCAUGAAUUGCAUGUUAUUGAAGGAGCUGAUCAUAGAUAUGCAUCUCAUCAGCUUGAAUUAGCUGCAAUUGUACUGAAAUUUCUUAAAUCUUGAUGAGGUUGGCACCCAAGCAGAAGAUCAGAAUCAAGCUGCGGUCCUACUGGGUUCCUUUGAUAGAGGACUCCUGCAAGAAGAUAAUUGAAGCUG